AUGAAAUCAACGAAUGAGAGGCGCGGACAAGAACAAGUUAGCGCAUGAUUCAACCACAGCGAAGUUUACGUAGACGUAAUCAACGUUCUGUGUGUGAAAAUUGGCGCGAUACAAAGAACAUUUUCGAUAGGAAACGGCGCGCCAGGAAGACCGAAAACAUGGAAAGUGUGGAACAAUAUCGGACUGUUUCUAGUCCAAUGAAGAAAAAUCCGAAAAGAAAACGUGUAAUAGGACUUAGGGUAUCUAGUGAUUCAACUCAGGGAGGAAGAAAAUACAUGGAAGACAUGAUCUGUAUCGUUUUCGACAGAGAACAAGAAGCCGACUAUGCAUGCUUUGCUGUGUUCGAUGGACAUGGAGGGAAGGAGGCCGCAGUGUAUGCCCGUGAUCACUUGUGGCAAAAUAUCAAGAAUCAAGAUGGGUUCUUUUCCCGCGAACCAAACGCAGUUAUGUCCGCGAUUAAUGAGGCAUUUCGUGUCACUCAAGAGGGCAUGUGGAAGGAGCGAUCCUCCUGGCCAAAGACUCUUUCUGGAUAUCCCAGUACAGCAGGCUCAACCUGUAGUAUGGUCAUCAUAUGUGGGAAUGACAUGUACACAGCUCAUGUAGGAGACUCCAGAAUAGUGCUGGGAAAGAGUGAACCGAGGGGCCUCAACACCACUAACGUCUACGGCGUAACCAGCCACAAGAUAGUCACGGAGACGCUGACCGUCGAUCACAAGCCAAGCGACAUCGAGGAGAUAGAACGCAUUGAGGAAGCCGGAGGUCGGGUGCAAGACAAGGCAGGCGUGCAGAGGGUGGUCUGGUCCAGGCCUAAGCUAGACCACACUGGUCCUAUCACGAGAAAUACAGAACUGACAGAUAUACCGUUCCUGGCCGUAGCCAGAUCUUUAGGUGAUUUAUGGAGCUACAACUUCCGUAGUGGCAAGUACAUCGUCUCUCCUGAGCCCGACAUUAUGCACAGGGUCAUCGAUCCAAAAUCAGAACGGUUCCUUAUCUUAGGCAGCGACGGUCUAUGGAACAUGGUCACAAGUGAGGCCUCGGUACAGAUUGUGGAGAAAUACGACAAGACUCGUAUUUUGCAGGGAGAGCAGUCGUCAGAAACGGUUUCACAUCAGCUGGUAAAACGGGGAAUGGAUCUCUGGAACUACCAUCUCUUGAGAGCAGACAACAUCUCAGUCAUCUGCGUCUUCUUCGAGUACCCAGACGUGAUCGACGACGAAGGUGACCAGAUCGACCUUGAUGCCGUCAAGGAGUGGCAGAACAUUGGACUCAAAGUCACGGGAGAUGGCGAUGACGAAGAGGUGGAUGAAAACGGGGACAACUUCACCAGGCCGGCGUUGAUCCGCCAUCACGCCUGCACCAAGCUGACGUCCAUGGAGAACUACAACCGUCUUUACUGUAUGUCCAACAAGGAGCGCAGGCAGUACGGGAACAUCCCGGCCCCUCAGUACAAGCGGCGCUACACGGACGGCCUCGAGCUGCCCAAGCCGAAGAAGCCUAAGCCCGAUCCGGUGGUGCAGAAGACCAACGUCGGGGAGCGUACGAAAAGCGGCGACAAGAUCUACAAGGUAAUACACACCAAGAAGUGUGGCAUCAGGGUGGAGUACGCAUACGAUGUUGACAGGCAAAUGCGACGCAAGGCCGCUAAAGCCACCCCGGUCAAGGCCAAAAGGACAUUCUUGACGGCGAACGGACCCAUUGAGGUGCUGUACGAAUGUGAUCCGCCCACUCCUCAGCAUGACCGGAAGAACGCCCUCUCAGCUCCGGCCAAGGGAAGCUCAUCAAGGCAAUCCCCUAGGAGAAGGCUGAGUCUAGAUGAUAGUUCUAUCUCAGGCUCGAGGUUGACCCGGUCAGCCACCAAGAGGUCAAGGGUCUUGAACAUGCAUAUGACGCGGGCGAGGAGAGCAUCAAUGAAGGGAAAACUUUCACAAAUAUAUGAUGAUAUGAAUGUGAAUGGUGCUCAAAAAGCAGUGAAAAUGAGAUGAAGUUGUAUAUCUUAAGUGGUAGACCGACAAUUCAAUGUAUUUGGAUUCAUAUCGUUGAGCAAAUGCUGCAUUGCUUGUAUAGAAAUCCUCAGCGGUGAUCAAAAGAGAGAGUUAUAAAUAUUUCUAUAAAAAAAAUUCCUUUGGACCGGAGAACCUCAUACUUACCUGUGCCUCAAAAUUGAUAUGAAAUUGAAAUUCUUUUAUGUAUGACUAAAGGUGAAUAGGUCACUGAAGUGCACGUGUUUGCAAAACUCUUCAGAAGUGAUGAAAAUUGUUUGGAAAGAAUUAUCGUCUACCUCUACGCUGAUCUUUUUUAAACAGUUGUACAUGUAUAUUUUCUCAUAUUUUAUCCUCUCAGACGUGUGUGGUGUACAUAAAUGAAAUUGAAGUACGUGGUGAUAUAUUUAGCAACACGUGCUCAUAAGGCAUUCCAUACCUGUCGCAAUUAUAUGUACAUUCAAAUUAUUGAGGACCCUUUUGUAGCAUAAUGAAAUGAAUUAUUUUUCUGUAAAUAACAUUUGUAGAAAGUCCAUGGUGAAAUACGUAUUUUAUGAGGUGAGAAUAAUUCUUGGAAAUAUUUGUUACCCAUCUUGAAGGAAAAUUCAGGGAAUCUACUUUCAUUUUUAUCAGUAAAUUGUCAAUGCCUUACAGUGGAUACACGGUCAAAUUGAAUUCAAGAAUUAUCUGAUUUAUUCUUGAAAAAAAUAACGCUUUGUAUAAAUGACAUUUUGGAUUUGGAAUAAUAUUCAAAGCUGAUAGUGUGUUUUUAAUGACUCUGAAUCCUAUUUUACUGUACUCGAACAUGAUAUGAACUCUAAACUAAUUUCAGCAAAUUUUACCCAUGUUGCAUCAAUGAAUUCUAUUCUAUUCAAUACAUAUUGAAGUGAAUUUUUUUUUAUACUUCCCUUUAAAUAAAUUGAUGCAAAUUUCAUGACAUUUUUAAAUGACCGGGAAUUCCUUCCAAUGAAUGUCUUCAAUUUUGUAGCCCAUUCAUAUGAAGUAUUCACUGAGCCCAAUACAUUUCCUAUAAAGAAUCAUGCAACUUGUGCAUCUUGACUUUGAUAACUUUUUUUUCCUUCCCUUUAGCGGAAGACAAAUUUUGAAGGAAACAAUCAAGUCCUUUGCAUAUUUAAUCCAGUGUGUGAAAUUUGAUGUAUAUAUAAUAUAUCCCCCAUUUGUGUACUAUGAUGCAUUUUUAAAGAUACCAAAUAUUGUAUUUUAAUCUCCCAUGAAUAUCAUUCAUACACAAUGUAGUAUUGUCAAGAAAACCUUUUAUUUCUGAGCCGUAUACUUGUUCAGGAAGCUAAUUCAUUAAGCAUGUAAUGAUUCAACUCAAUCAGAAAAUCAGAAAUUCAUUGAUCUCAGUUUAAGAAAUAGAACAUUGGCCUCAAAGGCUCAAACUUGUAAUAUCACUGGUACUUCUCUGAGGAAUUUAAUAUCUUUACUACUUUUUCAUUUGACUUUUUCUCUAAUUCUGUAGAUUGAACACAUUUUAUAUAAUUUAUUCCUGUUUACUGUAUGUAUCCUAUGGAUGCCAGUCAUUAUUAUCACAAUUAUUGUCUAAUUUUCACUCCAUUUGUAAAAUAAUUAAUAAUGCAGGACAUUACAGACCCCAUUCCAACAAUUUUACCAAGUUUUCUGUACAUGCAUUCCUGAUUAAUGUCUAACAUGUACUUGCAAGGAUUGAUAUUUCUCUGUAGUACUGUCUUCAUAUCGGUGACCGAUGUUUCACAAAUGUUACCUCAUAAUGAUGAUGCACAAACUACAUUUCCAAACAAAACAGUAUGUCUUCAAUUGUGUGUUGAACUUAUUAUAUAGUUCAAACAUUUGCAUUGUAUAUGAUUGAUUGUGUCAUUGUGAAUCGUGAUUGUGGUGUAUUUCUGAUUAGGGGAUUAAAUGAUGGGUCGGCCGGCACCCUCGUACCAAGGAAGUCACCUACUUUUUGUGAAACCUUGGUAGCAUCAAAGAGGACUUACGACUAUUUGUGUAUUAUGAACUCGUACAACCAGUAUAUAUUGAGUACAAUUAUCACUUAGGAGGCCUUUUCUGGGUCUAUUGGACACACAUUUGCAUCAGAAAUGUAAUAUUUCCAGCUCGUAUUGAAAAGAGAAAGAAAAGAUUUAAGCGAGA